CCAGGGAUUGAACUCACGACUGCCUGCUUGCAAGGAAGGCGCUUAUGCCGCUGAGCUAAAUCCCCAGCCCCCUAGCUCAUUACUCUUUAUCCUCCCAUAUUUUCCUGUCUGCUAAUAGAUCAGUUCUGUCUCUUGGUAGACUGUACCCUUGAACUUAGUCUCUGAUUCUGGAGCGACCUCACCAGACAGUCAAUAACAUUCGAGUUAGCUCACAAGUGACCCUUACUCCGUGCUCUGUCAGAAGGGAAGCAGGUGGCAGUGCUUCGACGGGUUCCCGCUAGAGGGCGGUCCAGCCCAACUUGGAGCAGAUGCGGCACCAGAAGGCGCCUGCUGAGAUUUCGCCAAGGCCGGUACCCUAACACCCCGAGAUUCUGCACUCUCCGAACUCCAAUCCUAUCAUUUCUAUGCUGAGGCCAGUUUCAUGAACAGGCCAGUCCUCGAGUGAACCAUAAUUUCACUGGGUCCUACGAUCACUAUCUCUGUGCACACACGUGGGCGUAGCACGGAGUCCUAAUGGGAGGGACCGCUAUUCCAUCGUAGGACAAAUGGGAAAGCUGAGGCCCGCGGGAAAGCGAAGGGUCUCGCGUCACCGGAUGCUAGGGGAUCCUAGGCUGAAUCUCAGCUGGCAUCCAUCUGCCACCCAGCCCUUCGACACAGAUCCAGCGCCAAGUGUGCGUGGGACGCCCAAAUCACCCACCCCGAAGAGCUGGAGGGGCGGUGCUCAAGGGGCGGUGAUCCUGCAGACUUGCCCCACCCCCAUUGGCUGCGGCGUAGGGGGCGGGGCACGGCUGCCAGAUGUUGGGGCGGCGGCGGCUGGAGCUUCUUGGACUCAGGCGGAGAGCGAGGGCGCCAGACCCGCCAGCCGGGCCGUGUUUGCGCCGAUCCUCUGGGUCGAGGAGGAGCUGGCAGGCCCAGCGGGCGCUCUGGCACCAACAUGCACAGCGCGCGGCUGGACGGCUUCCUGAGCCAGCUCCGCCGGGAAAUGUUGUGUAACCGGCACACAGGCUCAUCCCCAUUGCCUGGUCCCCUGCAGCCACCCCCCAAAACUGACCCAGGUAUGCAGCCCAGCCACCAGCUUGGGGCCUCAGAUUUCCUGGAAGACUCUGUUUGCUGUGUGGGGGAAGAGGAGGAAGAAGCCUUGGUGACAGAAAACAGGGGUGCGGGCUUGGGGGGUCACAGAGAGCACAGUCUAGACUGGGACUCAGGCUUCUCAGAGGUAUCAGGCAGCACAUGGCAAGAAGAAGAGCUGCCUGUACUCCAGCGCCAAGCACGUCAGGGACGGCCCCUUCAGAGUCAGCGGCUCUCAGUCAGUGGCCUUCCACUGUCCAACAUGGCACCUGUGAACAGCACCCCAUCUGCACACCGUCCACGGCCCAAGUCCACCCCAGAUGCCUGCUUGGAGCAUUGGCAGGGACUGGAAGCAGAGGACUGGACAGCAGCCCUGCUGAACAGGGGUCGCAGUCGCCAGCCUCUGGUGCUAGGGGAUAACUGCUUUGCUGACUUAGUUCACAACUGGAUGGAGCUGCCUGAGGCAGCAGGCGAGGGAGGUGAUGGAGGUGCACCCCGAGCUCGUCCUCGCCCCCCUCAGUUCUUGCUUGGUCUCUCUGAGCAGCUGCGGCGCCAGCUGGCCAGGGCUCGGCGAGCUGCUAUGGCAGGGAAGCGGCUCUCAUGCCCACCUCAACCAGAUCCUGAACUGCCUGCAGAUGUCUCACGAUUUGCAGCCCUCAUGAACUGCCGCAGCCGCCAACCCAUCAUAUGCAAUGAUGUCAGCUACCUCUGAUCCUGCCCUCCAGCCUGCAUCAAUAAAAGCCUUUUUAUACA